AUGUCUCUAACUCCUCCUCCAUAUCAAUCACAUAAUAAUAAAAAUUCAGUAACUUCUCCUCCUUCAUCUCCUUCAAAAAUCACAAGAGGAAGAAGAUCUUCAAUCCCAGGUACUCCAGCAACACUAAAAUUGAAACACCAGCCAGUUGAACUUGAUUUAAUAGAUGACACUGAAUUCACCUCACUACCGGUAUCUGCCCCAAUGAGUGGAUAUAUAACAAGUUCAAAUUCUCCAUCCCGUCGGUGGUUUGUCAAAAUUCACUCAAAUAAUUCUGCGAGUUGUUCUUAUAUCAAUCAAUUUAUAAAUAAUAAUUCAAAUGAAAAUAUUAAUGAAAGAAUUUUCAUUGGAGAUUACUUCAUUACUCCAAAUGGAACAAAAUUACCCGCUUAUAAGUUUAGAGUAUGGAAAAUUUUUUAUGUUCUUGCUUAUAAAUAUAACGUUUACUACUUCGAAAGUAUUUAA